AUGGAUAUCAAAAAGAUGCGUGAAAUAAUUUCUGUGCAUAUUGGCCAAGCCGGCGUGCAAAUUGGUAGUGCAUGCUGGGAGUUAUUUUGCCUGGAGCAUGGCAUUCAACCAAAUGGCGAACUAGCUUCUGAAUCGGGAGGAAAACAUGAUUCGUCAUCACUUACAACAUUCUUCUCCGAAACCGCUAUUGGACAUUAUGUUCCACGUGCUUUGCUAGUUGACUUGGAGCCAACUGUUGUCGAUGUGGUUCGUACCGGAAAAUACAAAGAUUUGUUCCAUCCGGAACAAAUGGUAACCGGUCGUGAAGAUGCAGCAAAUAAUUAUGCUCGUGGGCAUUAUUCAAUUGGCAAAGAUGUGAUUGAUACGGUUAUGGAUCGUAUCCGUCGUUUGGCCGAGCAUUGCGGUGGAUUACAGGGGUUCUUCCUGUUCCAUUCGUUUGGCGGCGGUACUGGUUCCGGUUUCACAUCGCUGCUAAUGGAGCGUUUGACAAUUGACUAUGGAAAAAAGAGCAAGCUGGAAUUUUCGAUCUAUCCAGCACCGCAAGUCUCAACCGCUGUGGUUGAACCGUAUAAUUCGGUUCUUACAACUCACAGUACCCUUGAACAUGCCGAUUGUUCAUUCAUUGUAGACAAUGAAGCAAUUUAUGACUUGUGUCAUUAUAAUUUAAAUGUUGAUCGACCAUCCUAUCCUAACCUGAAUCGUCUUAUCGCUCAGGUCGUUUCGUCGAUCACGGCUUCAUUGCGCUUCGAUGGUGCAUUAAAUGUGGAUCUGAUGGAAUUCCAAACGAACUUGGUACCAUAUCCACGUGUUCAUUUUCCGCUGGUGACAUAUGCCCCAGUGGUUUCUGUCGAAAAAGCCCGUCAUGAAUCUCUUUCGGUCACUGAUAUCACCCGUGAUUGUUUCGAUGCUCCCAAUCAAAUGGUGAAGUGUAAUCCAUCAAAUGGAAAAUACAUGUCGAUAUGUCUUUUGUACCGCGGUGAUGUCACUCCGAAUGAUGUUAAUGAGGCUAUUAGUUCCAUCCGUCAGCGUCGACAGAUCAGAUUUGUAGAUUGGUGCCCCACUGGAUUCAAGGUUGGAGUUAAUCAUCAACCACCUACAGUGGUACCAGAUGGUGAUGUUGCACCUGUACCACGUGCACUUUGUAUGUUGGCUAAUACAACAGCCAUUGCUGAGGCAUGGUCGCGUUUAGACCUCAAGUUUGACUUGAUGUUUGCAAAACGCGCUUUUGUCCAUUGGUUUGUUGGAGAGGGUAUGGAGGAAGGAGAGUUCAUUGAGGCACGUGAAGAUCUGGCUGUUCUUGAGAAAGAUUACGUUGAGGUUGCUGCAGAUGAAAUUGAAGAACCACUUGAACCAGACGAUGAUGGAGGCUACUGA